UUGUCUCUCUUUCUCUCUCUCUCUCGGUCUACAUCUCCGAUCCAUCAAUGGCGAGGCAGGAAGCAGUCCGAGUUCUCGUGACUGAUGCUGGAGGGCCAAUUGCACAGGAUCUUGUUUGUUUGAUCGCUAGGGGAGUGAUGCUAGGUUAUGACCAGCCUGUAAUUCUACACCUGUUUCAUAGUGCAACUAAUGUGAAGGCACUGGAAGAUCUGGAGAGAGCAUUGAUGGAUUCUGUACUACCUCUUCUUGAAGGUGUGGUUGUAACAACCAACGUUGAGCAGGCAUGCAAAGGCAUUGGAUUUGCAAUCCUGAUAGGUGAGUUUUUAGGGAAAACCAAAACCUUUAGAUUGGAAGCGAUGGCGAAUAGUUUUGGGAUUUACAAGAGACAGGUUGAUGCUUUAGAAAAGCAUGCAGCCGCCAAUUGCAAGGUUUUGGUCAUUGCAAAUCCUGCAGAUAGGCUUGCAUUGGUUUUGAAGGAAUUUGCACCAUCUAUUCCUCUCAAUAACAUUACUUGUCUCACUAGACCCGAUCAUAAUCGGGCAUUGAGUCGGAUUUCGCAGAGGUUGAAUGUUCCAGAUUAUGUUGUGAAAAAUGUUAUCAUAUGGGGAAAUCACUCGUCAACUCAAUAUCCAGAUGUCAAUCAUGCUAUGGUUAAUACAUCAUCUGGUGAAUAUCUUGUGCGUGAACUCAUUAACGAUGAUGCAUGGUGGAAUGAUGGAGGGUUUAUUACUGAUUUCCAAGAACGCACUGCUGAAAUUUCUCAAUCUCCGUGGGAUUUAAGGGCAAGAUCUAUUGCCCAAGGUGCCUGCGACCACAUCCAUGACUGGGUGCUUGGAACUCCAGAAGUACCGGGUAGGUGGGUUUCCAUGGGGGUGUAUUCUGAUGGCUCUUACAAUGUACCUGUUGGCCUCAUCUAUUCCUUCCCGGUAACUUGUCGCAAUGGAGAAUGGACCAUCGUGCAGGGUCUCCCACUUGAUGAGUUCUCGAGGAAGAAGAUGGAUUCGACAGUGAAAGAACUAAUGGAACAGCGCAUGCUUAAUGUUGACUCUCUUCUACAUUGUAUUUGGCGGCGGCAUAGUGCUUGAAGCGCUCGCCACCGCUGUGCACAGUCCCCUUCCCCUCUUCUAUGUUCCGUUUGUUUAUUUCCCUAUCUAAUUUUGAUAUUUAAA